AUGAGGAGAGAUGAAGAGGAGGACGAGGAGGAGAAGAGUUCCAAGAAGAAGAAGAAGAGGAGGCCGAUGAGACUCCACAUGCCGGAGCUCGGUGUGUCAGCGAUGCCCCUCCUGGAGGGAGAGCCUGGUGGGUCGGAGAAGAACAGCAGGAAGGGGGGAGCUCUGUGCCGCUCAGCCAGCCCCACCAGGAGCUUCUUCCAUCGGACUGCAUUAAACCGCCCACCCAGCCCCCACUCCGCUCCUGCCAGGACGUCCAGUUCCAAGAUGAGUCCCACCUCCCCCAAAUCCAUUUUCCCCUACCAGAGUGGACUGGCACCGCAUGAGUCCCCACCCAAGUCUCCAUGCAGGCUGAGCUUCAGUGGGAUCUUCCGGUCAUCCUCCAGGGAUUCAAACCAUCAUCUGUCGUCGUCCCCCGUCAGCAAAUUGUUCACCCGAAACAAGCGGGACAAGGCCAGAGGAGCAACCAUGCUGGAGUACUGGGCCAACAGCAGUUAG